AUGGCAAUACAUGCAAUACCUUCUCCAGGCAUUUGGGAGCCAGAGGCAGAGCCUGUAGAGCAAGACGAAGAAAUCCAGCAGCAAACAAUAGGAAUUGGAAUAAGCUGCCGUCGGCGUCACCCAAAAAGUCUAACUGCGCCAGCUCUGCCCUCGGCCCCCAGCCCGUCCCCGCCCAGACCCCGCCCCCUUCCCCCAGCCAAGCCACAAAAGGCUGUGCAGUUUCAGCCCCAACACGUGCCCCGCCCCCUCCCCAAACGUCGCAGUGCUGCAGGGAAAGGAGGUGGGGCCAGUAGGGGGAGGUGGGCUCGGGCCUCGUCUUUCCGCUUUUCGGCCAAUCCGUGCAGCGCCCCUGACAGAGACGCGGAGCCCGAGGCUGCUGGCAUUUAUUGGACAGCACUGCCUAGGGGGCGGGGCUUACGUGCUCGCCCCGCCUCCACCGCGGCGCGAGGGGCGGGGCACGCCGCUGCCGCCUCUGCUUCCGCCGCCGCCGCCUGCCGCUGCGCGCUCGGCGGGGGAGGAGUCGGAGGCGGAGAAGAAGGCGGUGGUGGCGGGUGGCGGAUCGAGCGCCGUUCGCGUUCCGGAGCCGCUUCGCGUUUCGGUGAGGGGAUUUUUUGUUUCGCAGUCUGGCCUGUUCUGAUGUCGGGAGUGCGGGGGUCGGGGCGCGGAGACCGCUGCCUUGCGCUGCUCCGCGUCCCGGUCUCCGCAGAAGGGCGGCGGGGCCUGUCGGCGGCCCGCGGCGCGGCCAUGGUGGGUGGGGUUGCGGGCCGUGGCGGCCUCUUCGCCUC